GCAUGCAUCAUUGCAAAUUAACGAUAUUUGUAACAACAAUCAAUAUGCAGUCGUGUCUGUUUUUAACUUUGGUGAUUGUGGUUGUAGGGAUUAAUGCUGAUACCGUUCUCCUUACUGAUGUACAGAAAGAACAAUCAAAUGCAAACAUUGCCGCGUGCAUCAAAGAGAGCGGCGUAAAGCCUGAGAUACUAGCUGAAGCUAAAAAAGGGAAUUACUCUGAAGAUGAGGCGAUGAAGAAAUUCUUGCUGUGCUUCUUCAACAAAUCUGGCAUCAUGAACGCUGAUGGCAAAUUGAACCUCGAUGUAGCUCUUGCCAAUCUGCCUCCUGGAGUGGAUAAGAAUGAAGCUACCAAGGCAUUGGAGGAAUGUCAACAUAAGAAUGGUAAAGACGCUGCCGAUACUGCCUUUACUAUAUUCAAAUGUUACAGCACAGCUACUAAGACUCAAGUACUGUUUUAAACAAGCAUAUUUAAAGUGUUAAACCAGCUAAAUUGUUGUCAAUUCUAUGUAAAAUAAACGGUUAAAGAUAUUCUAACA